GGUUGAUCCACAAGUGUUCCUUCCCCUGGACUCAGAGCCACCAGUGGCAAUGUUGGGCUCAGAGCCACUGUUUUAGCCAUGGCCGUUGCCGGUGUGAUGCUGUUCUCUUUGGUUUUGCUGGCUGCGGGAGAAACGAAGCCAACGUCCGUGGAAUGGAACAAGUGGAUAGAUCGCUUGGGUACCUGCCUGGUGACUUGCUUGGUUCUGAUGGUUUGGCGCUGGUGCUCCCAAAAGCCCAAAGAGGAACCAAAGGAGAUGCACUUGCCAGCAGUCGAGGAAGUUGGGGCAGGCUGGUUGAUGCAGGAUCUCGAGAAAUUCGAACAGCUCACGAAGCAGCAGAUCCGAAGCGUCAACCCCAGGUUUGAAGCAAGUCUGGAUGAAGCCCGGGCCUUUGUGCGGGUGUUGUGUAUGGGCAUGGGCACUUUUGAUUGCUCCUCCCGAGUGGUGCAACCUCAAGCACAAGGCGAUGAUGAAGUGGCUUUCCAGGUGCAGAGCAGCCCACCUACAGGGGACUGUCCAUUCCGUUGCAAAUGCCACGCGCCUUGCUUUGGCCCUGCGAGCCGCAGUACCCAGGAUGGCCAGCCUCUGGGCGGCGCCUGGGCCCAAGUGGUCUUGGAGGCCGACGGCCAGCUGCUGUCGCUGGACGCAGCACCACAGGUUUUUGCGCAGGAGGUGAGCUUGGCUCAGUUCCGAGGGAAGCCCGUUGUGCUUGUUCCGAAGAAUGACGUCUCUUCCGUGAAGCUGCGUGGUGCGGUGGCCGUGCUCUCAGAGAAGCACAAGCCGGGGACCAUGUCGGAUGGAGCGCUGCUACGGGGAGCCUACCAAGCGGGGGCAGAGGCGGUGAUCAAGAUCGGUGGUGGAGGUGCAAUGCUCUACUGCGUGCCUGAUCCUUCAGAAAUCCCUUGCUUUGCCAUCUCUGAAGACGAUGGCAAAAAGUUGUGCUCCGCCCUGGAGGCUGGCGGCCGUGUCACUGUGAAGGAGCUCAUAGUGCACGACCGACGUGAGAAAUUGCAAGCUGAGAGGUGGAAAUGUGGUAAUGUUUGGCUGCAUGUUUCAGGUCUGUACUUGCAGUCAGUGGACUGGGAUGGGCCCCUCUGGGAAGUGGCUCAGGAGGCCCGGGCUGCGCAAGAGGCGCUCAUCUAUGAGGACUACUUUGAAGCCUACCAGGACACAAGGGAGGUGGAUCCACGCUUGGGGCUGGAACGCAGCAAGUUGCGACGCAUGAUGGAGUCGGCCUGGUCCCAAUUAGGUCGCAUCGGCUUGACCAAGAACGCCUCAAUGAUCGGCAAGUUGUUGGCCCUUGGGGCCCAACGCUGUAAGUUGAAGGUGAACUACCUAAAGUUCCACCCAGCUGAGACCUUCACAGGAACAGCGUGCGCGAUGCUUUUAUCACCUCACAAGCCAGGUUUCAAGCAAAAGCCGGCAUCCGAUAGCCUGGUCCAGGCAUGGGUGGCGCACGAGGCCGUCUAUUUGGCGCUCAUGGGGCACUUCACCAAGUUGAUCGAUUAUAUGGCUCCGUCCUUGUGGAAUCUCAUCAAGUGUAUGAAUGGCGAGUUCUUUGGAUGGGAGGCGGAUGCCAGCAAGAUCCGCAAACUCUUCACCGCAUGCACUGGGCCAUUUGGCCCAGUACCUCGUGAACUUUGGCAGCAACGAGAUCCCACCUGGCGCAUCACGGAUGAACGGAAUGCUGUGGGCAUGGUGGUGCGCACCCAAGGACGCUUGCUGUGGAGCAAAGAUGCCACCGCCGCGCCUAUGCGCACCGUGCUGCCAAAACGCUCGGGGCCAUCAGGACCAACGCGUCCAAUGCUGGAUUUUAUGAGCCGCAUGGCUCAGAAGCUUUGCUGCACCCUGUGAACUGUGAACAAUGCAGUCGGAGGAUUUGUCUCACCCACACCAGCUGC